GCGAUCCGAGUUGGUCAGAAUUUUGUAAACCGUUGAAUUAAUUAAAACAGUGUCUUGGGAAACAGAAUGAGUUCAAAGGAAAGAUUUUGCACUUAUGGCUAUGUAUACGCCGCAAUUGGAAUUAUCUCUUCCGUUUUGCAUAUGAUGGGCAUGAAUUCGCACUAUGCAAUGGAAUCAAAAGAUGGACUUAUCAAUGAAGCUUAUCAUAUGCCAAGGUCUGUUGAAGUAUCUUCUGGCCUGUUUUCGUUAGUGUUUUUCAUCAUUCUUUUAGUCGGAAUUUACCAGAAAAACAUCACACUGGUCAAAAUAUUCAAGGUGGUCUUAGUGACAAGUGGCGUUUUAGGAUACAUUGUUCUAUUUUGUGGGUUUUUACUCGCAAUUGCGAACGUGAUAGAAGAUUCACAAAGACAUUUUGGUGCAAUUUUGCUACUGAUUUUGGUUAUCGCACUGGCCAUUUAUACAGCUUUCUUCAAACUGGUGCUGUGGAUUAUCAAUGGUUUGGUUGAUUACAUUGGGAAUCUCAAUGAGGAUGGAAAGGAAGCUGUAACGUUUAACGAGCAGAUAAAUGUUGGGUUUGAAAAAGUUUGAGUAGAUUCAAAUUAAAAAUCUACCCCUUUAAACAUUUAUGUUAGCAAUUUUUAUCGCAGAUUUCAUGUGAAAUUGUGAAUAAAAUAUAUGAAUAUUUUCCGUUAUCCGUAUCGGUUCAACUGCAAUCCAAAAAAAUUAAAAUAAAACUGUGCCAAGCAAAAAAAAUAACGAGCAUGAAACAAA